AGUGGUGCAUUUCUCCCGCUGAGACGUUACGGUACUUGGACAUAUCCUCAACAAAAUGCUGCGAUUAACUGUCGUUUCAAUGACCCUCGGCCUCCUCACGGCCGUCCAAGCCUCCAACCCCGUAUUCGGCGCCUACCAAACAGACUCAUGUGACGCCUGUCUCGACCAAACCUACGAAAGCUGUCCCGGCGACUACAAGACCCGAUCAUACGCAACAUGCAUGUGCGCUGGCGAUGGCAGCGCAAACUUUGUAUCCUGCCUGUCCUCCUGCGAUCCCAACAAGAACGAGCCAGCAAUCGCCAGCUCAACGUACUAUGGCUACUGCGUCCUCUUCUUCAAGGAGCUUUGCGAUAGUGCUCAGCAGUUCUUGUCGGAGGAUAUCUAUGCUAAGCAGUGUUCGAAGGAAGCGAUUGAGGCAGGUGGUAUUGGUGCUAAGGACAGUGAUGAUGACUCUGAAAAGAGUGAGCCAAGCAAGACGAAAGAUUCAUCGUCAAAGGAGACUGACGAGUCAGGUAAGAGUGACGAAGCCAAUGAGAGCGAGACAACCAAGACAAGUGGCAGCGCUCAAUCGACAUCGACUUCUGGGGCUUUGGCUACGAUGGUACCAGCUUGGGCGAUCAUGGCUGGUAUGGGAUUGCAGUUAGUGAACGUAUGAGCUUAUGUUCAUAUUUUUGAGGUCCGUGCAAGUUGUAAGAGUCAGAUGAUGUGAAGUCGCGGUGUACCAAUAAUGAAUAU